AUGGAGGCGCAGGUCCCAGCUCGUGAGAUUCUUCUCUUUAAUAAGUGGUCACUGGAGGAUGUUGAGGUUUCAGAUAUUGCCCUGGCUGACUACAUCGCUGUGAAGCAGAAGUACGCAGUGUACCUGCCGCACACGGCGGGGCGGUACCAGACGCGACGCUUCAAAAAGGCGCAGUGCCCAAUAGUGGAGCGUCUCGUGAACGCCCUGAUGAAGCACGGAAGGAACAAUGGAAAGAAACUUAUGGCAGUUCGGAUUGUGAAACACUGCUUCGAAAUCAUGCACGUUCUCACUGAUCAGAACCCGGUGCAGAUUCUCGUGGACGCUGUGAUCAAUUCGGGUCCACGCGAGGACUCGACGCGUAUCGGCUCCGCGGGGACGGUUCGACGCCAGGCUGUUGACGUAUCGCCGCUGCGACGCGUGAAUGUCGCGCUCUGGCUUCUCACGACGGGCGCGCGAGAGUCCGCGUUCCGGAACGUGAAAACAAUUGCCGAGUGCUUGGCUGAUGAACUGAUCAACGCCGCGAAAGGGAGCUCAAACUCCUUCGCCAUCAAGAAGAAGGAUGAAAUCGAGCGUGUCGCCAAAGCGAAUCGCUAA